AAAGAACACGUUAUUGUACUUUUGAUCUGAUCCAUUAACUUAAGAAGACGAUCUUGCCCCCUGAACAGAAAACGAGUUGCUAAACCUAGUCCCCGGUUCUAAGGUCCAAACAAAACCACCGGUUAUAUGACAUUUUAGACCUGUCAUAUCCUCAUAUGGACUAUAUAAUAAUAUGUAUAAAGCCAUCCAGAACAGCAAAAAGAUGCAACUUAAUGAAGACGUACUGUACGUGUCAAUACGCUUUCAUAUAAUUCACAUCCAUGUCCCACAAUUUGAUCUGUCACACUUCAUUUAAUGUAAAGAUGAAGCUGCAGGUUGUUUCCAAAACCGUAAGCGAACGAGCAAAAUAAAACAAAAUAAAAAUGAAUAUAAGAAAAUGUCGACUUAUAUAUAUUUUUAAUGGAUACUUGUAUAAAGAAAAAGUAUAUACUUCUAGAAGCACUUAAACCGUAUAUGUUACAUGUAUAAAUACACGCUAUGCAUGUUGCAUACUCUGUAGUAGUAAUAAAUAAAACGGAGCUGAGAUUACUUACCAAAGAAUCAUUCUAGCUUAGCUAAUUCUAAAAAGCAAACACAAAUGGAGGAAACAAAAAAGACUUUGCUAGAUGAUUCUUUUACAAGUGCAAUGGCACUUACCAAUUCAGGUGUGCCUCAAGUCCCUGAUCGUUACGUUCUUCCCCCAUCGCAAAGGCCAGCUCUUGGUUCAAGCUUAGGCACCACUGAGACUACACUUCCUAUCAUUGAUCUCUCUCUUUUACACCAACCUUCGCUUAGAUCCCGUGCAAUCCAUGAGAUCAACAUAGCCUGCAAGGAGUUUGGUUUCUUUCAGGUUAUAAACCAUGGAAUACCAUCAUCACUGGUUAAAGAUGCCCUAGACGCAGCAACAUUGUUCUUUGACUUACCUGUGGAGGAGAAGAUGCUUCUUGUGUCUGCAAAUGUUCAUGAGCCAGUAAGGUAUGGCACAAGCCUUAACCAUUCAACAGACAGUGUCCACUACUGGAGAGAUUUCAUCAAGCAUUACUCUCAUCCACUCCCAAAGUGGAUUGAUAUGUGGCCAUCAAAUCCUCCAUGCUACAAGGAUAAAGUGGGCAAGUACUCAGAGGCAACACAUGUGCUACAUAAGCAACUAAUAGAAGCUAUAGCAGAAAGCCUUGGACUUGAGAAAACUUACUUACAAGAAGAGAUUGAAGAAGGGUCGCAAGUCAUGGCAGUGAACUGCUAUCCAACAUGUCCAGAACCUGAAAUCGCCUUGGGAAUGCCACCACACUCAGACUUCAGCUCACUGACCAUCUUACUCCAAAGUAGCCAGGGGCUCCAGAUAAUGGACUGCAACAAAAACUGGGUCAGCGUACCGUACAUUGAAGGAGCCUUGAUAGUUCAGCUGGGAGAUCAGGUAGAAGUGAUGAGCAACGGGAUAUACAAGAGCGUGAUUCAUCGUGUGACAGUGAACAAAGAUGUGAAAAGGCUGUCUUUUGCAAGUCUACACAGUCUACCUCUGCACAAGAAAAUAAGUCCAGCACAGAAGCUCGUCAACGAAAACAACAAUGCACCUGCCUACGGAGAGUUUAGUUUCAACGAUUUUCUUGAAUACAUCUCAAGCAACGAUUUUAUACAGCAAAGGUUCAUUGAUACAAUAAAGAAGAAGAGCAGUCCCUGAAGAAGAUGAUGACAACGAAAUAUACCAAUCAACCAAACCACAUAAUUCAACAAGGCAAUUUUCAUGGUUUCGUCUUUUGAAUAAUUAAGCUUCCGGUUUGUGGAUUUUAGUAGUCCUUUUAUAUAUGUAACAUCACCAAAGUAUCACAAAAGUACAUUUUUCCUCUGUUUAUAUUCACAUUCACAUAAACAGCUUAAUGAAAAGAUCAAAAGAUGUUACUUUUUGUUUUUUCCCUUCAUAUCUGUUUUUUUCUCAUGCAGUGAUUGUAAUAUAUAUCUUUAAUUAACUGAAAGAGUGUAGAAACAUCUGUUUCUUGAUAUUGUAAAUCAACAAUUGUUUGUUGAAUCAGUUAAA